GAUUUUUUCCAAUACAUGCAUAAUACAGGUAUUCGAGCUGGCUAGCUGGAGGCCAUCAGCACUCAGACAGCACAAGGAACACCAAACUUUCAUCCAAAUGUCGCACAAAAUCAAGCCAAUAGUUCAGGACGAUGAAGAAACUAAGAGCAGCAUCCAUCAGAAAUCUGCCCUCCAGCGCUACCUUCGUGGUUCUGGCAUCGAUUGCUGCGCUCGAAGCAUUCAGGACUACGAUCCCAGAGAUCACAGACCUUCCGAGCCACAAUGGAAUCCGACGAAUGAUGGCCUUGGAAGACAAUCGCUUUCCGACCAGGCCUGGUCUCUCAGAUUCAAUGUCGGUGGAUCAUGUUCCAAGCAAUCGAAACGAAAUCGUGUUUUCGCGGCAACCAGCGCAGCUCCAGCAGCAACCAAUGCCCACAGCAGAAAAGGUCGCGCACGCGUCAGUCCUCCAAAAAGAACGUGGUGUCGAGGCUGUUCCAAGGGCAAGUGGAGAUACAAGUGCAGAUUUCCCGUCAAACAAAAGCAGCCAAGCUACUAGUAAGGAGGAAGACCAUCCGACAGCGCCUGCGGAGGUAGAACCGAUGCAAAUUCCUCCCGGUAAGAUUGAAAGGGGCGACCAUACCAACUUGGCGAACAAAAAUGCCGCAUCAGAAGAUGGUUUGUCAGUCCACGAUGUGUCUACAGUUAAGAAACCCAAUUCCAGUACAGAGUCAGGUCAGGAUCAAGAUCACACGGCUUUAAUCAUGCCAGAUGCCCUCAACGAGAGCUCAAAUCCAACUCAAGAUCUUCCAAUGGCUGCUUCCAGCUUGAGCUCCAAGAAUCCACAAAGCAGCCCCAAUUCAAGCAAACAUCUCCCAGCCUCCUUGGACAGAAAAUUUGAGAAGCCAUCGAAUCUCCUAGCCGAAUCCAGUUUGAAUGAUAGCGUCCCAAAUGCAAGAAUCAACUCGAAAGGUGCAAUCCCAUCAGUAUCCAGCAGAAACGAGAAGCCAUUGAAUAAAAACCGCGCAAAGGAAGAAAUGGAGGCAAAUUCAGAAGCAGGAGAGCAUUUUGUGCCGCAAUUGGUGGCAACGGAAUCAACGUCCAUCACAGAAAACGCCACAACUGUGCUGCGUUCACAGUUCCUAGGUGCAGAUGCCGAAAGGAAAAUAGUGCUCGUCCAUGUGGGCAAGGCUGGUGGAAUGUCCAUUCGUGCGAAUCUAGCUGCCAACUGCAAGGCUAGGGAGUUCAAAGGAACGAAAACGGAGCAACGAAUCGAGCUAGACAAGUGCCUGAAUCAUUACAAGCCACACCAGAAACUAUCGGGGCAAACAAGGGAUAUCUUUCAUGUGUGGGAUCUUAACCAGACCGCGAUGGAUGAAGCUACCAGCUUGGUUGUGACACUACGCAACCCCGUUGACCGCAUCAUCUCUGCCUAUCGAUACAGCCACCCAGAUAAUUGCAUGAUGUACUCCAAGAGGACCAAUGUUCGCUUGCCGGCAACAGCAGGGUGCCACUUGAUUAACCGUGGAGACAUGGCUAGCCCGGACAAGCUAGGAUACAAGAUCUUCAAACAAUGCUUUCCAUUUGCAGGUAUGGAGGACUUUGCUCAAAGUUUGCUUCCUCCGUGGCAUCCAAAUGACCAGUUUGAAAAGCUUACCCACGCAGAGAGAGUCCAGUGCAGAAAGUAUGCCAAGGAAGCAGUUGAAGGGAGGCCUAUGAAGCGGGUCAUUCCUCACAUGCAGUGGAAUUACGAUUACUAUGCAAAGAAGAGCUGGAACAAGUAUCCCGAAAAGGAAGUCUGGGGUGUCCGGACGGAGAACGAAUGGAACGACCUGGCAAAGAUUGACACGAUGAUUGGCGGGAGCGGCAAAUUCCGCUUGCACGGCAACACACAGACACACGGGAGCGAGCAUUACGUUCCAUCGCCUCUAUCACAAGAAGCCUAUGAAAAGCUUUGCUGCGUCCUGGAAAACGAGAUUGACAUAUAUCUUCAAGUUCUCGAUCUGUCCUUGAAUCUGGACCAGGAAGGCAAGCGCCAAAGUGAGCAGAAGGUACGGAAAAAGUGUGGAAUUAGGACACCUUGGUCAGAGUGGAGAGCAACAUGUAAAAAACGACUGGAGGUUGACUAUGAAGCCUCUGAUUGAAUGAAUGAUCGAGAUAAUCAGCAAUAGGGUCGAUAAUUGUUUUGAGUUGCCGACUACAGAUAGAUUUCAUCUACCGGUAGCUAUAGAGUCCCCUGAACUACAUCCAGCAAAUGGCCUGGGCAAAUCUCGCUGUGUGGCCUCAACGAAACAAAAUCAACAACAGCUGUAAAAAACCAAUAUCUACAUAGUUGUCUAUCUGCAGGCGCUGUCUCUUCAGGAAGAGACAGCACGGACCCCACCACCACCAGUUACAGCGUAGUGAUAGUGAGCCGGCUUUGCUUGGAUUGCAACCAAAACCAACCAACCAAUCCAUCUAUUGUACCGCCAUGGCAUUGGGUGGAUUACUACUAUUGCGUUGUUUGGUGGUCCACGACCGGGUGGCCAUUUGCAUGGCUCGUUUGGUAGCAUAGGGUGCACUCGCUCUGAAAAUGUCAAAGUCGGGAUCUCCCGUCAAGGCAAUGCCUUCCAACAAUCCCAAUCCUCGCGUGACGAGUGCAAAAAAGGGUGGCACGGAAAAGGGAUAUUGAAAAAAGACUUGGUUGAGCUCAUUGGAAAUCUCCAGUAACUUUCGUUUGCGGGUUUGUAGAUUGGAUCCGGCAUCGAGUAGACCGCCCGUGAGGAUUUUGGUGAGAAUAGGUGUAAGCUCUGUAGCGUCAUAAUCGUGUGGUAGAAAUCCCAGUUGUUUCGUGUCGUCGUGAACGAGAGA